GUGCAUUCAUUAGGGGGGAUGUGUCCGUGCAGCGUACACGUCGACCUGCAUCCACGCCACCCUCUCUCUCUCUCGGCGCCACCCCUGGCCUCAGUCGCGCUUCGCGGCCAACUUGGUACACACGCCACUUUGUUGUUUCUCCCUCUCGGAGUUUCGUUCGCAUUUGUACGUCUUUGACGUCGCGUCGCGAGAUAAUCGUGCUACGCGAAAAUAUUUCGUUUCGAUCUUGCCUGGUCGAUCGUCGAUUCAACGAGAAAAAGUAAUCACCGACGGUCGUUAUUAACACAACUUUCUCUGAUUACGCCGUCUGUGUUUCUCGUUUUUACAUAUCGAAACUUCCUUUCCUGCCUUGCUUCUUCGUUCGUUCGAUUUGACGCGUUUGCGAUCAUGAAUGACGAACGUUUCAUGAAUUGAAGAUACCGUAUAACAUCUACUCGGUGUCGAACGAUUAUUGCGAGUGCGUUCUUUCCGUUGGUAACUAUCGUGUGCGCGAAUGUACUGUCCAUGAAGAAGGCAGAGAUCGCAGUUCCAUCGUGAAACGCAAAAGAAGCUGCCUGCUGAUCGUUCCUUCCGUGAAUGUGAAGAGGAUCGUCUUCGUUCGUCACCAAGAAGGAUUGUCCCCGUAAGAUCGUCGCGGAAGAUCUUCACGUAGGAGGAUCAAAAGGGAUCCUUCCUCUGAAUCUGCAUGGUGCGGCUACACGCCAGGUCGACAGGAUUUCAUGUUCACGAAUUUCAGUAAACCAGGUAACGAUGCGCCUAAUCCGCCUUCACGGUAUCGGCGCGUCGAUUUUCAGAUUUUCCUUCGCGCGACACCCUCGCGUCGUUAGCUCUAUCGAGAGAAUACGUUCAAUUUGCGCGCUCGGCUUUCCUCUGGCUGCACGCGGUGGUUCGCUUAGAGGGGAGGCCAGCUGUGGAUUCGCGCCUAUUCCGUGGCCCGCAAACAACCUACCAGAACCGGACCCAUCGAUCGCGAGAUCUAGAGGCAUGCGUCGCGUGUUACUCUCUCUCUCACUUUGUCAAUCUCUCUUCGAGAGACUAAGACGCAACCCACGUCGAGGCAAAAACGUUCAACUACCACCGAUCAAAUACGACGUUGAUAUUUCUUGUAGCACGACCGUUUAAACGCAUUUGUUUGGCCAGUUUUUAUCGACGCGCUAGCCUCGUUCGUUCGUUGAUCCGCUGUUUUGACAGUUCGUUUUCUAUUUUUACGCGAGUCGAUAAUCGGAUAGGAAAAUAAGGGAAAUGGUUGCACCGUUCAACGUAGAAAAUAUGCGGGAUGUAUCGAAACCGAGGGAUCAGAAUCCCUAGUUAAAUUCCGUAACUGGUCGGAAAACUGUAUAGUUUAGCGGAUUUCGAUAAUAUGCUCAGUAAACUAGACUGUAUUUAUUGGUUUACCGUCCGAUUGAAACAUAAACUCGCUGAGCGCGGACAAAAAUACGCGGUAACGCGAUUGUCGAUUCUCGAAAAUAUAUUCGCCAAAGAACGCGUGCGUGGCCUAUUUCGUGACCAUCGUAUCGUUUUCAUUGUUUCGCGUACAGUAAAACCAGGCAAAAGAUGUUCCUUCACGCUGUAGAUGAGAACAAGGAAAAUUUACGGGCGAUGAAAUUUCAAUAAGCGAAACGAAUAUGAAAGUUAGAACGCGCGAAGACUGACUUUUGCUCAAUGAAAUGAUAAAAAAUCUAUUUUUUUAAAUACGUAGCUUUAUAGUAACAAAUAAAGGAAAUCGAAAAUUGUACGUAAGAUAGAUCAUAAAAUUAGCAAUAUAGUACAUAUCGUAUUUCAUGUCGGAAGAAUUACAUUUCAACUGAAACGAAGAAACGUUAUUUCUCAGUUUCUAGAUGCUUCAAUUUAAGGUUUGUAAUUGGCCGAAGUGCGCGACGAAUAAAUACGCAACUAUGCAAUUACUCAUUAUGUAGCUUACAUCUAAAAUUGCAAUUUACCUAGUUGCGUAAGGUGAUAAAUAUUAAAUUUCGCAAUUUUUCAUAGGAGACAGCGGUAGAAAAGAAAGGUAGAGAGGGAAUAAAGAAACUCAUUUCUUCCUCGAAUCAGAAUUCGAAAUACGUGAAAUGAUAUUUCUGAAUCGGAAACGUUCUUCGGCCUGUACAAACGAAACAUUCCUUAAAAUAUAAUUUAAAAGCGACGUCCUACGGGCACGUGUUUUUAUGAAAGUUUGUAAUGCAAAUUUCCUAGAAAUAUACCGAUCGUUUCACAAUCGAAAAAUAGGAUUCGAGAGAAAUAAAACCGAGCGAAGAAUUUUAUGCGCUAAGAUUCGAAAUAAAAAAGACGAGCCGUAUGUAGUUACGUUAGAAUUUUCUCGGCAUUAUUUGCGCAAUGUUUCUCCGGUAACGUUCUUUCCUUAUGCAAAUACAGAAUGCUCUCCUUACAUCGUGCACUUCGGUGGACAAAUAUUACAGUAACGGUAUAUCAAGAUUAAUUUUUAAUCCUUUACGAUGAGCGGUGGGAAACGAACCAUAUUUUAUCAUGCGCGCAUGUAGUUUUUCCGUGCAUCGAGUUAGCGUUGAUUAAAAGAAAAAUAAGGUAAAAAUAGAAUUAACAAAAAAAGGAGAGAAAAAGCAAAGAAAAAUAAGUAUCAUGAACAUAUUUCACGUUUUAUAAACCGAUGAACAGUUAUCGUUCAUUUUCUAUAGCUUGAUGCAGCAGACGAUGCUCUUAUUAAAACAAACUGGUCGAAAGUUCGAACAUAAUCAACGCCAAACAAUGUGUUUACACUCUACCUUUCUGAAAAAGACGACGAGAGAGAACAGAAAGCAAUUUCUCGUGUCUCUUUUUUACCGUACGUCUGUCGAACGUAUCGUGACGUCGUCCAAGAUGACGCAUCGAUAUCGAUCGAAUCUUUUGAUCGCAGAAAAUCGAUGAAGUAUAUAUCGCGCGAGAAAGAGAAAGAAAGAGAAAGAGAGAGAGAGAGUGAGAGGGAGAGAUAGAGACAGAAAGGGAAAUUAAUUCGCAGUAUAACUACGACUUUCAAUUGUCUUGUACUAGCAGCAAUACUUGUGUAACGCGUAAGAACGUUUAAUAAAGGCCCCGAAGUUACUGCGGCAAAACGUCUCGAUCUUUUCAAAAUUACACGUUUAAAGCGUGCUAUUUCUUCUCCUUCUAAGUUAUACCACCGCAUUGUCGCUAAGAAAACGUACGACCGAGCGCAGCAGCCUGCGUCUUUUAUCGAGACAGCGUAUUUUAUGCGAACUUUCUUACCACUGCAUUAAACUUUACUGCACUGUCGUGAAUCCGUUGCGUUUUGUUCGAGCGUGAAUUAUGUAUACCAACGUGUACGACACUCUUUUCGUUGCGAGUUUUAGUCCGAACGAUCGGACCAAGUACCGAACAAAAAUCGAAGAUACUUGAAGAACGAUCGUGCACGUACAUGCGUCGAUCCAUUAAUUAUUCAUCACGACAAAGAGAAGAAAAGAUAAUUAGAAGUUUUAUCGCGAAAUGCCGCGCUAAUAGUCUGUGUUGGGUAAUUUACGAGGAAUCGGCGCGCGCGCAGUUAACGCGCGAACAUGCGCGCAGCGCGAGAAGAUCGCGCAAGCCGCGUGGCACCGCUGCAUUUCCGGUAUGCACCGCGCGAAGAUCGUCCCUGAAGAUCUGCCAGCCGCACGGAAGACAGAAACAUGUCUUUUUUUUUUGCUGCGCGACUUCUCAACGCGCUAGGGCGAAAAACAGCGACGUAUUCAGCCACAAUACGAUAUACCUGAUUCCACUUGUUUUCCUCGUGGAACAAUCAAGGCCAUCGCGAGAUAAUUAUGCAGAUAACGGUGAUGCUCGCCGAUAUCCCAGCUGUAGGAGGAUCUACAGGGUUGGGAUUGGAGAUAGACAAGAUGGACCAACAGUAUUGCCUACGGUGGAACAAUCAUCCAGCCAACCUCACAGACGUUCUCAGCUCCUUGCUUGCCAGAGAGGCACUCUGCGACGUUACCCUGGCAUGUGUUGGAGAGACAUUCAAGGCACACCAGACGAUACUCUCUGCAUGCAGUCCAUAUUUUGAGAGCAUUUUCCUCCAGAAUACCCAUCCCCAUCCAAUUAUAUUCCUGAAGGAUGUCAAUGAAACAGAAAUGAAGGCAUUGCUGCACUUUAUGUAUAAGGGAGAAGUUAACGUUAGUCAGCAUCUGCUACCGAUGUUCCUUAAAACAGCUGAGGCAUUACAGAUUAGAGGCCUCACUGAUAAUAGUGUAAAUAACAAGGCAGAAGAGAAAAGUCCAUCGCCAGAACCAGAAACACAAUCUGGUGUUAGGCAUACUGAAUCGCCUAACCUUCAGCCUCUUCCUGAAAAGAGGAAACGAAAGGCCUCAGGCAGCUAUGAUGUUUCCCUUAGUGGUCCACCCAGUGAACGGUUCAUGUCAGACUCUCAGGCAUCGUCACAAUGUAGUUACAAAUCAAGCCCUCCCGUGAUUCCAAAGUUAAAUAAUGCCAUGGGAGGUGAUAUGGAAGAUGGUGGUAGACCUAUGUCUCCUGCAUCACAGCCACAACCUUCAAUCAAGCAAGAGUUAGAUCAUCAUUUGCCAGACUUCCAUGACAACAUUUCCCUCCCAGGUCAUCCAGUUGGACUGCUAGGAGAAGAAGGAGGAGCAACAACAGGCACGCUAAGCGAUGGUGUGUCAACAAUUGAAUCGUCCGAACACCAUAAUCCCCCAGAAAUGCUCGACGGACUCGAUGAGGACUUUUUACGCAAAAGUUCAAAAGCCUGGCACAUGCGGCUGACCUUUGACCGGGUGCCAGGCGGCUGCAACCUUCACAGGUGCAAGCUGUGCGGCAAGGUCGUGACGCACAUCAGGAACCACUACCACGUCCACUUCCCCGGCAGGUUUGAGUGUCCUCUCUGUCGUGCCACGUACACACGUAGCGACAACCUGCGCACGCACUUUAAAUUCAAACACCCCGAGGCAAGAAAGAUCGAUCUAAACGAUUUCGUGACAGGCACCUUGGCGCUUUCCGCGAUGACUAACGAUACCAUGAACACGCUGUCCUAAAACGCGGAUGGACCGUGCACGCGUCUGUAUAUAUUUUAUAAAUAUAUAUACAUAUAUAUAUAAAUAUAUAUAUAUAUAUAUGUAUGUAGGAAUGUAGUAUAGUGUAGUAUCGUAGACGGAUUGUCUGGGACAUAUCGGGUGUGUGUUGUCAACGUUGUCAUGGAGUGUUGUCAGCGUAUUUAAAAAAGAACCGUUGUAACAAAGUUAAUUAAUGACGAAUAGUGAUUGCGAAUACCAUCAAACGAUAUUGUAACAAUUAUACCGUUACCAAACCGUUACCAGAUCGUGCUAGUAUUAAAUUCCGGUGUGCGGUGUGAUAAAAGACAAUAUCGUUGAGCGCUGAAAUUAGUGUAUUGUGUCGUUUGAAUAAUAGUGUUGAAAAAAUAAAAUGGCAAAUGUUGAAGACGAAUAAUCGUUAAGUGAAGAAAGUUUGACGCUAAAAGAAUUGAAGAGUAAGCUAGUACAGAUCAAUUUACUAAUAUCUGGUACGAGGUCAGUGUUGAUUGCCAGGCAAUCCAUCCAUGAUACUACACUAUACUACAUUCCUACAUAUAUAAUAUAUAUAAAUAUAUAUACAUAUAUAUAUAUAUAUAUUUACUUUAUACGUACGUAUUGCGCCCCGGAAGCAAGAAAACCAGAAAAAAAGUAAUGAUGAAUAAUAUAUAAAUAAAUAAUUUACAUACGCAUAUAUAUACAAAUAUAUAUAUAUAUGUGUAUGCAUAUACAUGUAUAUAUAUGGGUAUGGUUAUGCAUAUAUAUACAUACAUACAUAUAUAUAUAAGAACAGAAAAAGAAGAAAAUGAUAUACAGAGAGCGCGAGUGGCUGCGCCGACAGGGGGGUAUUGUCGCACUUUAGAUCAUAAUACGAUACGGCCCUGAUGUCACGGCCACGCAAAGGCCGGUCUCUCUCGGCUUUUUUCUUUUUCGAACACCAAAUCUUUUAUAGGUUCUACGCUUAAGAAAUCGACGAGAUUCUCCUAUCGCGCGGGAAGGGGGGUUUUUUGUAAGCACGUGGUGUGUAUGAUGUUUAGCGACAUUUUUGGGGUGGGCUUGUCGUGUUAGUUAACAAAAUCGUUUUCUGAGAAGAAAAAGCGAGCGAGCCGAGUGCCGCGCAUGGCGAGUUGCGCGCGCGCUAGAAUCUAUUGUAAGGGGGCAGGCGAGUGCGGCGAUUGGCACGCACGCGCGGGAACGAUCGGUCAGCUGGAGGAACGGCGCACGCGCAUGCGCGUGAUACGCCGCCGUCGCUGUCGCGGGAAACUUUUCUUCGAGAGCCGAUUUUUAAGUUCGAUUCGUCUCUGGCACGACACCAGCCAGGUUUUUCACGAUCGAUAAACGAUGCGGCGAUGAAAGUUCCUUCUCGAUUGCUGGCGCGUUAGCCGUUUGUUGUUUGUUGUUGUUUUCUUAUUGACGAUCGGCGCAUCGAAAGCGGAGGCAGAGGUAAAGAGAGAGCCUGAGACGAAUCUAAGUUGGCGCGGGUCGCUUAUUUCUAUAUCUCGGCUGUUAGGCUCGCGAAAUUCGCGUUAUCCUCGGGCCGAUCGGUAACGCGCGGGCGCGCAUGCGCGCACGCGAACGCGCCCCGUGACGCGCACACGUAAACUCGCGCCAUGCCGGCUGCCGUACGAAACGAUGUUUCGAACAUUGUCCAAAGACCGGGCAGCUUUAUUUUUUUUGUGGUAAACUAGCGCUGCGCCGAUCGACGAUACUAAAGAGAGUUAGCUCGGGAGAGUUCACGAUUCGCGCAUAUAUUGCUCUAUAUAUAUAAAUAUUAUAAAUAUUGAUAAUGGGAGAUUUAAUGGAAUUACAUAUUAUAUAUAUAUAUACAUUAUAUAUAUAUAUAUAAAGUGGGAGCAAACGUGGUGCCAAUUCCUCCCGUAGUUGCUGCUGCCUAGCGGCCGAUACAUGCCGCUCGACAGCCGGAAAAAAAGAAUUAUAAUUAAUCGAUUAAUUAAUUAAUUAUUAAUGCGAAAUUACUGGAAGUAAUCCAUUCGAUACGCAGGGUGAGUUGUAUAGUUGUUGAAGAGUUUAUAGUUGGACUUCAUAUUAGAGUGUAAUCGUGUGUUUCAUCGGCGUUUCAUCGGGAAUCGUUGGCAAUGUAUUACGCCCACGUAUGUACGUGCUGGUCCAGUUCGCGGGGUUUCACCUCUGCGGGAUGGAAUUUAAGGGGGAUUCUCGGGGAGUAUUUGGCACAUGGAUACACUUCUACACUCUCACACAUAGGUACAGUCAGGAAACACGGACACAUCAGGUAUGUACACGACGAGAGAGGCAGGCGUUUGAUACACCAUACGUUAAUUUGCACUUACACAUAAUACACGCACAUGUACGUUUGUAGACGUACAGCGACGGGGACAAAGACACGGAACACGCAGCCACACGACAUCCUCGUGUACUUCCGGGAUCACCGGAAGUACGGCGACACGCAAUAUUAAUCGACUAACAACGAAAUCUUUUAGUCCUAUGCAUCGUUUCUAGCGGUCUUUUGUUUUUGUUAGAGAUAAGAAGAACAGGAAAUGACGAUGAUAAUGAAGACACAAAAAGAAAAAAAGAAAAGGAAAAAAAACUAGAAGAAGACAAAGGCGCAAGAAGAAGUACGUAGUGGCGCUUUGCAGUUCUAAUAUGAGCUCUGAACUAUAAAACGCGUUGUUUGUUACUUGAACACCUAAAAGUCUAUGAUAUUUACAAUUUAAACUGCACACCUCCGCGGAUGCAAUAUCGGCAGCAGAUAAAUAGUGGAAAAUCACGCGAGACAUUCCACGAAUUCGGAACUUAAGUGCAUAGGCGAACACAAUAAGAAUCUUAUCUGUAAUCGGAUUGAUUUUAUAGUACUAUACUAUAUUAUUAUAUUAUACAUUAUAUACGUUAAUACGUUAUGGUUAAUCGGCCGGUUGUUGCGCGGUUCAAAAUCCGGCAGCCGGACGGUAAUGAUAGUGUUAUACGUUUUAAAAUAACGAUGUCAAUUUUUAUUCAAGAGGGCUGGUUACGAAAUAUUUCACAGCUAUUAGGUUGUCCGAAAAGUUUCUUCCCUUUCAUAAGGUGAUAAUAGAUGAACAACAAUUUCUGUUUUAUAUUAUUUUAUUGAAUUAAGUAUGAUCCAUUUCGUUCUAUUUCUAUUAUUAUAUUCGUACAUAAUUCAACAAACUAAUAUAAAACAGAAAUUGUUAUUCAUCCAUUAUCACCUUAUGAAAGGAAAGAAACUUUUCGGACAACCUAAUACAUCGUUACACGUUGAUAUUUAAUUGGUUGGGGUGCAAUCUUUUUGUUCUACCUUUCUUCUUUGUUUGUUUUUACGCGAGGAAAUUUAUAUAUACAUAUAUUUACUUCCUUACACAUUAUAAUAUUAUAUUAACGAUAUAGGGGUUUUCUGAAAAGUAAGAGAAGGAAAGUAAGAAGGAGAAAGAUAUAACGUAGAGCCGUGUUGCGCAGACGUCCAGGCGUGGAUGCGUGACGCGAUCAUUAUACACGCGUACACGCUCGGAUUCGUAUUUCGCAUGGAUGAAUGGUUAACGUUUACAGCCGACAGACGGACGGACGGACGAAAACGCAUAUGGAUGGUACGUGUGUUUCGAAGCUUAGGAAAUCGUGUAACUCGCGUCGGGUAACACGUCGACUCAGUUGAAACGUCGAAUCCGCUAGCUAUUCAAAGAGCCAAACCGCUACAUUGUGAUCAAAUGAUAUUACCCGUCGAUCUUCUCUCUUUUGCAAAAAAGGGCACUUUGCAUAGUUAAGGCUAAAACCGAACACGCAUAUACCUAUACAUAUAUAUAUAUAUAUAUAUAGAUACAUAAUUUAAUAAUAUAUAAUAUAUAUAAUAACCAGAAUAUUAAUAUAUUACGCAGAUGAUUAAGUAUAUUAAUUAAUAUAUUGGAUAAUUUAUUUUAUUUUGUUUUAUCGUUUUAAUGAUUUUAUAUAUGUGUUAUUCACUGUUUAUAUAUUACCACGCCAAUACACAGUUAUAUACACGGGGACACAAACAUGAAACAUACAUAUACAUACAGACGCGUAUAUAUAUAUAUAUUAUAUACAUAUAUUAUAAUUAUAUUACAAUAACACGAUAUAUGCAGAAUUUAUUAUUUAUUAUUAUCGGAUGGGGCGGGGCGAAUUUGCGUCUUGUAAACGUUAAAACUUUCGACUUUUCUUUUCUUGUCGUCUCCUCGUUUUCCUCUUUUCUCAUAUAUCGACUUCCGUUGCGAUACGACUAUGAGAUUCAAAUCUCUGCUCGUCUUCGCGUCUAUACAUAUUUUUUCUAUUCUUUUUCUUCUUCUUCUUCUUCUUCUUUUUUAUAUAUGUAUACCUACAUUUUUUCUUUUUAUCUCACACCAAAUAUUUAUAUACGAUAGCCGAGUGUUCCGAGUGCUGGUCAAAGAGAAAAUCCGUUAGACGAUCCAAACGAUAUCGUAUUAGAAUUUAGGAUUUCACAGGGAGAAAAUGUAACGAAAUUUUCUUCGGUCCUUCCGUCCUCCAUCUACAUACGUCUACGACAUCGAGCUCGUCGAAAUAUCAUUGUUUUCCGUUUCGAACGCGAUGCCAGUACUACUCUGUGCGGGUUUAUCUUCGUGCCAGGCGUUUGAAUUAUAAUUACAAUUGUGCAGUUUGAAAAUGUUUACAAGUUUCUUGAUAGAUCGGUCGUCGAGAUAAAACUUCAAGAGCCGAGAUUGUGGAAAGUUCAUGAUGGACAAGUGAGUUCUCUGUAGUUUGAAAUUUUAUGACUCUUUUAAUAGACGCCAGGGCGAGAUAAAAUUUUUAGGUCGCGGAGCAUUCUCAGAAGGAUUUUUAACGCGGCGUGAUCUACUCUUUGGAAUUUUAUGAUUCAUUCAUUGGAGGUGUAGCGAAAUUUUAGCAGUAUCCGAAGUUAAAGUUGAUGGUAGAAAAAGAAUGAUUGUGAAGUUCGCUAAUUUUAUUUACGUCUGCUGUGGUUACGUUAAAGAGUUCUCUCUUAACUCACAUAAGUGGAUUUUCGUCUGUUUGUAAAAUUCUAUGCUUAAUUAGAGUUUCUCACUUCGAGAAAAAAUGGAACUAUCUUUAUAUAACGGUGCAUAUCGGUGGAAUGAAAUUGUUUAAAAUCACUUUCAAAUAAUUGAAAAUCCUCCUAAGUGUCUUUAAAAUGGCUUGGAAUUUUUAUAAAAACUAUCUAAAUUAAAAGUGAAUCUUACCAUAAGCACCUGGUGUCUAAAGAACAAGUGAAACAAAAUUGUAUAAAAUCAUUUUGAAGUAAUCUCAGUGACACGCUUUAUAUCUUUAUCACAUUCUUUGUAAUUUACGUACAUGAAAUUAUGCAACGCGUAAUCCCGACUAUUCACUUUCCAUUCGCAUAUUCUUUAUCUCUGAAAUGCCAGGCCGUUCACUCUCACGCAUUCCAUACGAAGAUAUUUAUCGUUGCUUUGCUAGAGGAGUGACACGUCUAAAAAAAUGGUCAACUUUGAAAUGGCAUCUGCAAAAAUUAAUUCUAAAAACACGUUAUUCGCUAUUAUGGAGGUUACCGUUAUGUCAUAGUUCCUCAAUGAAAUUUAAUCGAUAGAACAGAAGAACGCUGUCACAACUCAGAACAGACCUUUUAACCCUUUUCUAAACGAUAAACAAUUUUAUUACAGGUGAUAGGAACCCAGAAACUAUUAAUUAAAUUAUAAAUGAACGAUACUAUUUUCAUUACUAAACAGUAGCGUAAUUCACAAUUGUUUGCUCUAAAUCUUUUAUUUCGCGAAAAAUGUAUUUUUCUUAGUUGAAUUAAUAACGAAACAACAAUGCGCUACAGUUACAAAUUACAUCAAAUUACAUGAAAUACACUCUGAAAACGAAAGAUACGUUAGAUAGACAUUUAUACUGAAAAACUACAUAAACUAUUCUCUAAUUUCUCAAUCCACUUGUGCGGAGUUAAGAAUUGUUUCAUACAAUCUUCACGUGGUUUUAGAACUUCGUAGUAAAUACUUAGAAGCCGUGCUCGUCCUAUUCAUGCCCGUACACCGGGAAUGGCGUGUCUGACUAGUUACGGGCAAUUCCCCUGCUGUUCUCGCAGUCGAUACGUGUACACCUGGACUUCAUUGGCUAACUUUCACGGCAGAUCGAUGGGCAGCGCAUGAAAUUGCGUCUGACUAGCAUGUUAAGCUAUGGUUGCACGUAAUUACUAGUUAACGAUGUCCGAGUUUCGCGUAAUAUUCCGAUUUUUAUCCAACAUCACGACCUUACAAGGCCCUUGAAGCAUGAAUGCAGCCGAACUAUUAUCACGACGGUGAAAUUGCAGCUCGAUUACGGACGACGAUCUCGUAGCACGUGUGCCGUGCAGUCUGUCGAAGAUUUUCCAGUAGUAUUGGUAGCUCGUUCGAGUCGUAAAGAAAUCGAGAAAGUCGACCGACUUCGUUGUAAAUUGAAACUUCAAAUUGUUGAAAUCACCUUUCUAUUAGCUUUCUAGUAGCUUUAGCUCCUUUUAUUCGCCGAGUUUGUAUUUUUAUAAUUGUUGAAAAUCUUAAGAUUGUCAGUCGAAGUAAUUUAUUCAGGGAUAGCUUGUUAAUGACUUGCCCGGAAAAUUCGUAAUUUUACAAAAGAAACGCAUUAUUAUAUAAUAAUAUGCAUUUUUUAGUGGCAUUCCGCCGUUCCUUGGAUAGCUUUAUAAUCUCUUUUCCAAAAAGCUCGCUUCUGCCGACAAUGGGUUCUUUGAAAUAGUUCCUGCAGUCCUCUAGACUAUACAAUUUUUUGUCGUAGAAACGAACGUUCUGUGAAGACCGGAAUGAAUGAUAGUCAGACGAUGCUCGUGAAUGGAACGGAUGGGGUUGAAUAUUUCUUGCCCGCUUUUCUUUCCUCGAUCCCGUUAUAUUGGAAAACAAUUAAAAUUUUCAGUCGUUCCAUUUAAUAUCCAACUAAUCCUAAUAUGUAUCUGAAUGUAGAAUUUCAUUUUUCAUAAGAAAUACGAAGCACACAAUAUACAAAAGUAUUUGUAUAAAGAAUCCAAAGAAAGCAUCGCACUGUUUGUAACAUUUAAUGGAUGAAACAAAUUUCUGCUUAUUACAAAAUUCAUAGUAAUACGAAUUCGAAUAAACAUCCGCGGUAUGAUAUCGAAUAAUCCUGUUCCAGUCACGCCAAAUACACAGUGGGAUAUUUUCGCUGUCGGAAACGUUACGAUUUUUCCGAACGGUCCAAUGAAAUCGACAGAAACAGUAGGAAGUAUUAAAAUUAAGCUUAAGAAAAUGUUUUAAAUCACGCUUGGCUCGAAGGGUUAAUUCGAACCUGCACGAAGCAAACAUUCGAGCGUGCACCGUCGAGGCACGUUCUUGUUCUCUUUGUUCUUCUAAAACAGUUUCAUAUCGUAGUUUUGGUUUGAAAUAAGGACGAUUAAAGCGAAGCAACCGGCGAGCGCCGACGAAGGGUCUAGAAAGGAUUAAAAUUGCUUUCCGCGCGACUAAAAAGUUACAAUUAUUACGUGGCCGCGAUUCGUAGCUCGAGAUCCGUUUAAAAAGAUCUCGCCGUGUCAAGACCUUCUGAAUUUAUUAAGACACCCGGGUCGUCCGAGAUCUUCGCGAGACUCGAAACUUUCCAGCGAUGAUCUUCGUCGGCGAACAAUUACUUCCGCCACACAUUUCCACUCGAUCGUAGAUUUAUUCGGAAAUUGAAAUAAUAAACGGCUCGAAGAAAUACUACGACAAAAAUUCUAUUCUCUAUUUUUCUACUUUGAAUAUAUUCGAUUAAUUGGCCAGAUUGUUGUGCUGUAUAGAAUGUCGUUUAGUAGCUGUUGGAACGAAACGAAGUUUCCGUGUUCCCGCGACGUUUUCCAACGAUUUCUAUGUUUUAUGCCCGCGUUGCAUGGUACUUUACAUUUUGUCAUUCGAUCUCUUAUCCGCACUCGCGAAAUUAUUUCCGAUAGAUCGAAAGCGAAAAUAGUCGUUUCUGGAGUUGCAAUUUCGACGUUUAAUUUUGAUGAAGGCAAGAUCAAGGGAACGGAGUAUUACGAAGAAGUUAGUUGGAAGCUAUAACUCACGUUCCUUUUGUUUAGAAAGUUUAAGAAAGUUGAAGAAUUUCGAGGCUGAUCACAUUUUCGAUUCACUUUUCCACAAAGGAAUUCCUUCUUGAUGCUUGACUUUCUCAAAUGGAAACUUUUAACGUUGGAUUCUGAACCGGUAUUCAUCAAAAGAUAUUAACUCGCGGUUAAAACCUGCAAGAUCAUUCGUAUUCGCAUUUUAAAUAUCUACGAUCUCAAUUUUCAUAUUAUUUGAAAAAAGAAUUAACAGCAGCGAAAUUGUACAUUCUGCUGGCAAUCAAAAUUCGUCGAAAUCGAUCCGUUUACUUAUGUUCGAAUGUUUCUAGCAUUGGUAUCUCACGUCUUAAAUAUCCAAAAUCACCUCUGCUCAUUCAUACAUAUAUUUUCAUAUUCAAGAAAAGUUAAAAGAAGAUAAAAGAAGAGAUUUAUAUUUCUGGCUAUCGAUCGGAAUAAUUCCUUAAUAUCUCAAUAAUCGGAGAUAGGACAAAAACUUAAUCGCGUAACGUUAGCCCAUCAAAUUCGAGCUUUAGAAGAAACUCAUAUUUCGUACUUACGAGUCUAAUAAAUUUCCACGAGAAAGACGGAAAAACGGAAGAAGGAACAAGAAGGAAUAUAUCUAUAUAUUUCUGGCUACCAUGGCUGGAAUGGCUUGCAGCAAUAUGUCUUUCUCUUUGGUAUCUUAAUAAUCGACGUGAGAUUUAAUAUGCGAUAUUUGCUCAUCGAAUUCAAAUUUCGGAAAGAUAACGUUUCACGUAUUCCAAUCUGAUAAAUUCCACGAGUGAUAAAACUAAAAAAAAAAAAAUAAAAAAAUGAACGGAAAUUGUAUUUCCGGCAACCAAUCAGAGACUUCGAAAAUCGAGUUUUCAUGUCAAAUUGGUCAUUCUUGAAACGCUUCACGAAAUGCACUUGCAGAGAGCGGUUUAGAGGAAUUAGUCGUCCGCGUCACGGAUUCAUCCGGCGGAUGAUUUCACGGAGCGACGGACGCGUGUCGUCGUGGCUGGACAGGCUUUUUAUUACAAGAACCGCACCGUCGACGCGAUGCGAUAUAUAAUUAGUCCCGCGACCAUGCGUAUCGAUCGCAACUCGCUUUUGACGUUGUCGUUCCUUUUUUUAAUUUCGUGUUGAUACGGCUGCACAUGUUCGCCGGUUCUCGAGCACUGCCAAUUUCGGAAUUGUUGGCGCGCGCAGUUUAUCAAAAACGGAUGCGACCAUCUAUCGCGUCCAAAUAACUGCACACACAUAUUCUAUUAACAAGGUACAGGGUGAUUCGUGAUACGACCGGAAAGAACGUGACUUCUCGCGUAAAAAUAAGAUUUUGUAACGUCGUGUAAGAAUAAAAUUGUGUUGUUAUUUUUAUGUUCAGAGGUAGGAUCGCAUUAGUUAUUACAUUAUUGCACGGAUAAAUCUAUCACGCCGUUCUGAGCCGCAAAAACCUUCAUUGCACGCGCUUACAUAGACUAAGGAAAAAAAAAUGAGCAUCUAAAAAUAUCGAUCGAGUCUAUCGAUUGCAUCUUCUAGUUACUGCCUUUUUGUAACUAGCGUAUCCGCAUGUGCAGAGCGGACACGAACUCGCGUUGUCAUUUUCAACAAAUUGUUUCUUAGAAAUCGUCGAGAGAUUAAAAAAAAAAAAAAAGAAAUUGAGGUCGUUAAUUUUUAUAUGAAUUUCUUGGAAGUUUCUCCAAACUGAGUCCAAACUGACACUUUGUUGAUUUCUCGAUUUCAUUAUAUAAGUAAGAUAUCAUCGAUGCUUUGUUUUAUGAUUCAUCUCGUAGCUGUAUCGGAUAAAAUUAAAAUUUCAAAUCGAUGUAAAAUCAAUCGGGUAUACGUGUAACUUGGGAUGCGUUUGUCCUAAAGAUUUUCAAUUUCACGCGCUGCCAAUGAGAUUUGCGAAUUCGAAGUUCCGGUGCAUGUGUGUUUCGCGAAUGUUCAAAUUUAAUUUCCUGAAAAACGACGGCCUAUACGAACAGAUCUUGUCCUAUAUCCUUAUUCCCAAUUUAUUCGGAAAUGAAAUUAAUUUUCAAUAAUUCUAACGAUAUUCCGGUGCACGUGUAUUUUGCGAAUUCCUAAAUUCAAUCUUCUCAAAAACUGCCAUACGGAACGACCUUAUUCUACACUCUCGACUUACUUUUACAUCGCUAGAUCCUUUACCUUUGCGCUAUAAUCUCAAACUCGCGACUCUGCAUCGUACGAUACUACACAAAUAUUAGUAUUUUUGGUAUAACACCGUACAAAAUAUUGAGGCUAUUACCUACAAAUCUGGCUGUAUCAUUGGCGAAUAGACGACUAAGUCAUAAGUCAGCUAAAUUCUCGAUCUAACGAUCGAACGAGAUUCUAUCGAUAAAAAAAAAAAAAAAAAAAAAGAAAAGAUCUGUGGGAACAGUGGAGAAUUAUUGAUCGUUUCAUUAACGGUGCAUGCACACACAAUGGCUCGCUGUAGAAUAGAGAUCGCGGUGAGGAAGUUUUUCGGCGAGAGAUCGAUGCACUUGGUGGCUAGAACGCGUGAGUUAAACGGUACUUUGGUCGAUCCUUGAGCCAACCACGGGAAAACGCGGCGGGGGAUCGUUAGCAACCGUCCAGACGAGCAUCGUCGAGCAGCCAGGCCUUUUCCGUUUGCACGAGCACACGGCGUGUGCCUGUCGUACCGUGGCAGUUCUGUUGUUACGCACUCGCGGCCCUAUUUCUUCUUCUCAGCGCCAGGGGUUGAGAGGUGUACACGCUCGACUUAGAGAAGCAUAAACGUCGACGUUGAACAUUCAACGGCAGGAGAAAACGAUCAAACGAGCAUCGAUCGCAGUUUCUUUUCUCGCUGGUUAAUCUCUCGACUCACAUUGCUUUAUUGUAUUUCUCGUUUCUUUUAUUUUCCUUCUUCCGUUUCCUUCUUUUUUCGUUGGUUGAUUUUUUAAGAGAGGACUAUCGUGUUUUCGUAAGGGUUGGAGCUCGUCCACUGUUUGAUUAAAAGCUUUCAUUUCCGAAUUAUUUGACCCUCGGUGGGCAAACUCAGUGGGUCGUUGGCGACGCGAACGAAACUUCACCUCUGAAUUUCUCUGGAACGAAUUUUCGGUUUCAUCGGGAAAACGGCCAAAUGUUUGACUCGACUGACUUAUACAUUUUACGAAGCGUAGAAUAGUAAACAAAUUAGCUUGUUUCCUGUUCUAUGACGAGCAUGGGUAAUUGGUGCAAGUGUGUCGAUAUUUAGAAACGUGUAAGAAUCUUUUACGAAUGGAAUAUAACUUACUUGUGAUUAUGCGAUUAGCUUCUAACGAAAAUGACGUUUUACUUGGUAAUUGUAAAUGCGUAGUUAUACGAUUAUCCCGAGAACCAGUGGGCUAAAUUGGAAAUGCUUUAUGUACUGCCUUAUGAUUUGCAGGGUAAUUACUCUAGAGUAUUAAUGAAGGCUCGUCAAACGAGAUUAAAUCGAUCGAACGAAAUGUCGAGAAGGUUAAUUGUAAAUAGGCUGGUUCUAACUAGCGAUUAACUUCGUCUGUAGGUUCGUAGGUACUGAUUAAAAAUUACUAUGUAAUAGAAUACGGUUUUGGUUUAAUAUAUCGUAUUCUCGUAUUCUUGAUAUGGUAAUUUGGUAAUCGGAAUGUGGGUCAACAUAUUUCAUAAAUUUACACGUUCUUUAAUCUACGUCGUGUUUAAUAAAUAUAGUCGAUAAUUAAAUUAGGAGUAUCGUUCGAACAUGGUCAUAUUGACAAAAACGAUUUAAUGGACUCAAGGAAAUAUCACGAAGGAAUAACGUUGAAGCAAUAAAAUCUGAAACAAAUGAAAUCAUUAAUUUAUAUAUUCGAUCAGUUCUCAUUCACUUUGACCAAUUUGUCAACUUUUUACUGAAAAACGCAAUUUUACGUGAGCUUCCUCUUAACGUAACAGGGACUUUGAAGAGGUGUCACACUGUCAUGCGUCAGAAAGAUAUUUCUUUUAUUUUGAUCGCUUGUACCGUCAACAAUUUUCUUCCAUUCUUGAUCUCCGUUUGCUCUCCGCUUCGUUCUCCACCUACAUUUAUCUCACUUUGAACCUUAUUUUUCUCCUUAUCGAACUCGGCCGGCUCGAACAAGAGAAAAUUGUCCUGAAUUUAUGCCAAACUUCCGGAAUAUGCGUUCUACUUCAUCGUGCCAGAUAGCUGUAUGUAUAUGGGAUGUUGUAAAAAAUGACGUCGAAAUUUUUUUUGACGUUACGCGUUCGACACUUUCAAUACCGAGAUAUCGUAAAGAAGAAAUUUGUAAAUUAAUUGAAUUGGAACAAUCGAGGAAUUAAAUAAUUCUUAAUAUCCGAUAGUCGCUUGUAAAAGGAAAAAGAAAAUAUUUAGAUCGAGUAUUUAAAUAUUUACGGAUCAAAUAGAUGGUAAAUAGGAGAUUGAAGUUUCUUUAAUUGUAACGAUAUUUAUUUUGCAACGAUGUUCUCUGAAAAUAUAGGAAGCGGAAAUUACAAACUAUAUUGUUAUUAGAAAGCUUUCAUUUACGAAAACGUUCACACGAAACUAGUUUCACGAAUAAACUUGAAAUUCUUCUAAUUACAAAUUUUAUUCAAUUUCGUGGCUAUCGUAGACAUUCAAAUUGCAAAUCAGCUUAACAUUCUCACCAUUCUAUAAUCUCUAUAAAUGUCUAAUUACACGAAACCGAAUCAUCCCUGAGCCAGACACGAUCCAGCGAAUGUCAUUCCGUUCACUCGAUAAAACUUUUAUCAAAUAUCCACGAGCAAUCACAGUUAGAAAAAUAAUAAAAUUACCAAAAGUCCCACACGCGAAGAAUAAAAGUUGGUGAAUUACGAAGCUAUAAAGGGUAGGAAGCGAAAAGCGUAGCUUAUUUCGAAGACGACCCCUAUGCGUACAGCGUUUUAUACGUACACAUACACACACACACACACGCAUGCACGCACAGGGUUAGAGAAAUAUUUCCAAAGGUAUUUGCGGAGAUCGACGGACAGGGCUGCUCGUUACGCCUUUAGUAUUCGAUCGCUAUGCGAACCAUUCGAGGAGCGACGCGUAUUUCGAGCUGACGGGACGAAAAACAAGGAGGGGAUGGAGAAUGGCGCCAGGAACAUGCUGCAUAAGGAUCUCGAUGCGGCAUUAUCGUGAGUCGAACCAUUGACGAGAUCGAUGAAAAUUAUCAUCUCGAUGUCGAUUUAUCUUUCGACGUCAAACGUCUUCUAUAAUUUCCAUGAAUCCAUCUUAACAUCGAAUUUUUCAGGAUAGAGAAGUUAUCGUUGGUGGGAAUAUUUCAUCGAUCAGGCUGAUAAAAAUUAUCCUGUUUGUCUGUUCGAACAUCGAACGAAGAAAUUCUUCGUCUCUUCCAUCUUGUGUUAAUUUUAACAGCGAAUGUUUCUUCAUCCACGGCCAACAUUUAUUAUCAGUUGCUAUCAGUAAGCUUUUUAUUUGUACGUGAACGUCAAAAAUAUAGAUUCCUCGUCUUUUGGAAUUGUCAUCAAUCCUUUAAGAAUCCUCCAUUAGAAUAACAUUGUUGGUUACGUGGCUCUUUCAUUUUAACGGCUCUUUAGAAGAAAUAUAGGAAUUAAACAUUGCGAUGAGUACAUCGAUUAGUAGCAAUGCAAUAGUACGAUAGUAGGAAUUCGAUAGUAAAUUAAUAAUCGAUUAAAAGAAGGCCUACGAGAUAUAUACAUAUAGGGUACCUGCGAGCAGAGGAUCACAGGGAAUCUGUAAAUCUUCUUCAAGAAUAGUCCACGUUUUAACAGCGUUUUGCCAAUUUUUUCGCGCGCGUUCUUGACGUCGAGCGGCAAUCAUCCACUUCACACGCCUAAUUCGAGCUUUAAUUCUCGCAACGGACUUUCGAGUUAACAAAUACAGACUGGCUGAACAUCGUUUAAACGACGUCAACCCCAUUAAUUGCAACAGAAAAAACUUAGCUAUCUCGUCAAUGAAAUACCUUGAAUCACAUCCGCGUGUUCUACCUACUCUAGACGUUCCACUCUAUUUUAUUUCGUUUCUUUCUUUGCAGAAGAGAGUUAAUAACGCUUUGAUAGAAGUUUGCCGCGUUCUUCGGCGAAAAACCUUUGUUCGAUAGUCAGGAGUGGAGGAGGACGGAAGGGGGGAGUUCUAUAGUAGUUCCGAUCGCAAGAAUAAAGUUUCCUUUUGCCAGUAAGUUUCAUCGUGGAUACGGUUUCUUUCUCGCCGCGAUUUUUGGCACUCAUUCGUUCGCAGUCGGUAUCUGACUGGGCAAGGUUUGACCAGGAAAAACGAAAUCAGACGCAUACUCUCACACACAUUCACACGUAGUAUACGUAAUCGUACACAUACCGAGAAGUUCAUCUAUCAGAUGAGAGAGACCAGAAAACAUAUCCGUACGAAGUUAUUUCUAUGGAACGCGUAGAAAACACACGGGAACAUGACGUACGUACAUGUAUCGACUAGUGGAAAGAGAAGAGGAUGAAUCGGGCUGAAAGAGGCGCGAAGGGGAAGAAAUACUCGGCACACAUUGAAUCCACAAAAUAUCGAAUUAAUCCGGUCUGACGGCCUCUGUCCUAGAUACGUUGGUCACGGAUCAUCUGGCUGUUAUAUCGGAACCUUUAUUAAUUAAACGGAAAUCUUUACUAUGUACUAUUAUUACUCUCGACUACACUACUACUAUUAUUACUACCGCUAUUACUACUAUUACUAUUACUACUACUAUUGCUACUACUACUGCUGCUGCUAAUACUAUUACUACUACUACUACUACUAUUACUACUACUACUAUUACUAUUACUAUUACUACUACUGCUACUAUUACAUAAUAGGUAUUUAUAUAUUUACAAUUGCGUGGUGUGGAGUGGAACAUUGUGAUAUAAUAGAUUGGUGCUAACACCUUAUUGAAAUUGAAGAUGAAUUUAAAGAAAUGAAACAAAAGAGAAAAAAAAAAACGACAAAAAAAAAAUGAAGAUGAAGAAAUCGUGCAAUAUUUGCGAGAAUAGGGGAAAAAUGCGGGCCGAGGCAGCUGUCACUGGCCGAAACGCGCGUUAAGUUUUCCGUGGUGUUAAAACCGUGGCGAGGAGAAUGGAGCGAGGCACAAGACGAAUGAAAAUCACGUUUCCGUUCACUUUUCCAAGCCGUCGCGUCGCGACAAAACGCACCGGUCGAUCCCGUUCGCGCAAAUUCUUCCGACGUCUGACAGAAGAAAAUGAAAAAAAAAAAAAAACGAAAAAAGAAAGAAAUACGGUUGUUCGCCAAAACGGAACCGGAUCGUCGUAUCGUUUUGUUCGUCUGUGAAAUCGGGGAUCUCUUUGUCCAAUCGCUUCUUCCCACGCUUCGUUUUCCCUUUUUCUUUCGAGCACUCGUUAUCUCUAUCUUGAUACCUUGAUAUCUUGAUAUUUUUCAUAUGGAAUUCGUCUGACUCAGCCAACAUUACUCCAAGUUAAAGAAGGUUUAGAUUUGUUAAUGCGAAAAGUAUAUUACGAAAUAUUUCGAUUUUUAUUGCGUGUUUUUACAAGGUUGGUUUUUUAAGCUUCGAUCAGUUAAAAUGUAGAAGAUGUCACUUAUUAUUCGUUAAAUGGUCCAAUUUUUAAUUGAUCAGUGGAUCUAACGCUUAAUGUUCCCUAUUGGCAUUGUGGCGUACGUUAAAACGGAAUUUUAUCGAUAUUUAACGUUAACCCUGUCUUUUGUAUAAUCAGAUGUAAUUCUGUAAUUUACAUCUCUAAAGGAGUUGACAAUUUCAAACAGAUUUAGCGAUUUCGACAUACAGUAACGGACAAGGAUGCUAAAGAUUAUUGCAAUUGUUUUAAUCACUUGAAUGCCAAAUUUGCGCAAUUAAUCUACCUUGUUGUAACGUAGAAUUACGCUGAUCGCAACUAGGAUAAAAGUUCAUAAUUCGAUCAGAGCAAGUUCGUGAGAAAUGAAGAUAAUUAAAUUAAUGGUAUAGUUUAAUUGAUUUCCAGGUUAAGAUUACAUAGUUUUACAAGCGAGUAGUCGAUAUCCGACAAAUGUAGCCAUUCAAAGAUCAUUUCACAUUUAAAAUCAAUUAACAUUUUUCACGAUGACUCUUAGAAUCUCGGGACCAACUUCGAUUUUCGUUACUGUGUGCUCGAAAUUGCUGGCAACAGUGACAUUGGCCAGAAAAAUUGGCACGUGUAAGCAACGCGAUACGGCGUGAUCCAUUCGAUCGAGUGGCACUCGAGGAAUCAAGUGCGAUCGAAGCGCGAUAGGGGAAAAUUUGACAGACGAAUUCGUCGGUUUAAUCGCAGGAUGAAAAGAGGGAAGAGAAAAUAGAGGGAGGAAGGGAGAACGAAGAGGUGAGACGAGGGUGCGAGAAAGAAGUCGACGAACGCGCGACGAGAAGAAAAGAAACUAUGGCUGUGCAAGUGAAUAUUAUGAGUGUAGUUACAUAGGUGUAGGUGUUACCUAGGGUCUAGGCUUAGCUGAUCAUAGGAUAAGGAGCACGUUUAUGGCGUUUUGUUUUCAGCUCGACGAGCGACAGCUGCCCGUUUCGCCCUUGUACAUUACCGAACUAAAUAACAAAAAAAAAGUACUAUUAUUAAUAUCUCUUUAUAUUGUAUAUUAAUAUAUACAAAGUACGAAUUAAUCAUGGAUAUAUAUGUAUAUACACACACGGUAUAUGUAUAUAUCUAUCUUCGUAUGAAUAUAAAUAUAAAUAUAUAUAUAUAUAUACAUUUUGUUAUUUUUCUCGGGGGAUAAUAUAUAUAUAUAUAUAUUAAAAAAAAAGAUACUGUAAUAAUUGUAAAUCGUGCGCGCGGGGAAAUCGUGGUUCUCCACGCGCGUACUAACUGAGCGUGUUCUACUCGUCAUUCGAAAGGAAAGAAAGAAAAGAAAAAACGAAAAAAAAAGGAAAGAAAGAGUACUAAUAAUGGUAAUAGGUAAAAAUAAUAAUAAUAAUAAUAAUAAAAGGAAAAAAACGACGGCAAGUGUGAAAUAGAGGGGAAAAUAAGAAGAGAAACUUAAGAUUAACAAGUGAGAGAAGAAAAAGAAUUGACGCGACUGUCAGACUGAAAGUUGUGAUUUUGCAUGGCAAGUGUAUAUAUAGGGAAAGAGGAAACCAGAAAAAAAGGGGAGGGGGGAAAUAAAAACCUCUGCGUAUAUAGAUUCAACGGUAUAGGUGAGAAAGGCGAGAAGGGUUUAAGGGAUAGAAGAAAAAUGAAAAUGAAGAAUUCGUUAAACCUUUGCAUUUUCGCGUGUGUGAGAAUGAGCCAGAAAAAGAACAAUGUGCGAACGAGAGAGAGAGAGAGAGAGAAUAUGUGCGCUUCAGCGUAUAUGCGUAUGAAAGAGUAACAAACGAUGAGUGAAUAUACACUAGUAUGAAUGUCAGACAAAAGAAGAAGGAACCAAAUCGACGCGAAAUAUCCUUCCUUUACCCCCAUACCCUCACCUUCAUCCCCUGGAAUCCCGAAAUAAUAAGAGAGCAUCUCGCUUCCCUUUCGUUCUUUUUCACUUUCGUUACGUGGAUCUCCUCCAGCACCAUCUCGCUUCUUUCUCUUCCUUUUUUCUUCCGUUCCUUCGUUUAUACUUCGUUGCGACACUCUACAUGCACAGACACACAAUACAAAACGUGAAAAUCAGAACAGAGAGAGUCGAACCUAGCUAGACGAAAGUGUUGUAUACACAUAUCUGAUCGAACGACCAAUAGUCGGCCACUAUGAGAACCUUCUGUGUUUCAUCGUCAAUCGGACAACGUCGACCACACGGAGGACGCGUCGAUGACGAGGGAACGAGGCCAGUCGGAUCAUCGAGCUGUCUGUCUGUCUUUCCAUUCGUCAUUCAAGGCGCGUCCUGCAUCAUGUUAAAGGUGUAGGUCGUUAGCGAUCGUCUUCGGCGUUGUCACGAUUAAAGGUGGAACUACCCCUGCAAGCGUUAAACGUUGCAUCUAGAUGAUUUCAUUCGUUACAGUUGUUUACACGAUAUCGUUCGCGCAGAGAAUUUUCAUCGGUGUGAGAUGUUCGUAUUAUAAUAGGUGGGAGAAACAUUGGUCUAAAAUUUGUAUCGGUCUUCAACAGUCGUGUUCGAUUUGCAUUAAACCACGGUUACAGUGGAUCUACGUUCUGAUGGGCUAUCGUUCUGACGGGUGGAACACUCGAUAGUCGCGAGAAGACGCAUCCACUGUAGCCUUAGACACGCACACGACUGACGCUUAUAGGGACACCUUAACGUCGUUUAUUGACGAGGAAGAAGACGCUCGAAUAGCCUGUCGCGUGUAAGAUGGUCGGUGAGCACAAAAGGUUCGUAAGAGAAGUGGCACGCUAUGGUCUCCGUCGUUCUGGUUUAAGAUCGGACGAAUCAUUGCGUAUCAGUUACAUUUUCGGCUCCGACAAACGUACAAUAGGCGCACUAUCGACGAGAAGAAUAGAAAAAAAGAAACGUUGAAAGAAAGAAAAAAAAAAGAACAAAAUCGCAAAAAAAUGGAAACAAUAAAAACGAUUGAAGGGAAUCGUGCACGAAAAGAAAAUAAAAAAAAAAAAAAAGAGGAAUACACGGAAAGAAAUCGAGCAAGCGAAAAACUAACCGCAGACCAUGCCGAUACAAACGAGGACUAACGAUCAUAGGGCGUAAUUGAUUUUAUUACCGAGAAGACAAACGUGAGAGAAAAAAAGUAAAAUAAUUAAUAAUAAUGGGAAAAAAGAUGAUUAUUCUUACUACUUCUUAUUGUUACUACGAUUAUAUUCUUAUUCUUAUGGUUAUUCUAACAUUGCAAGUGUUAUGUUACGAUUGCAAUUAUUAUAUACACCUUUAAUUAUUAUAUAGUGUAUAGAUAAUAUAUGGAUGAUGAGGAUAAAUGAAGCAAACAUUACAAAAAUUUGCAAAAAAAAAUCCAACAAAAAAACUAUGGAGAAUUAAUCACAUGUGCAUUUAAUGUAUUUCAUACUAAUUUUUUGAUUAAACAUAAUUGUGUGUUAACCGA